UCAAGAUCUGUUUCGCCCGCCUUCAAACCUGUCUGAUCAUUGCAAUUAAAACAAGUAUGAGGAACUACGGAAGUUGUUUCCUGUUGCUCCUGGCCGUUGUUUCGACUUCAUCCGCCCUCGUGUACCAGUGUGAACCAGGAACGGGUCCGACUUUAUGCAGAAUCACCAAUUUUGUGUACAGCGAAGGGCUGCAACCGCUGCCGGUGGUGAACCUUUCGAACAGUGUCAACAGCAUUCAAGUUUACUACCAGCGGAACUACUCCAAACGAAAAGCGGAGUUCAGCGUUUACGAUGCGACGCUUCACGAGACCGUAUUCCGUAGGCCGACCUCGGUGAUGAUUUUUAACUGCUACCUGCAGAGUGUGGUGAUCCCACCGAACCUUCAAGUGGGCGAUUUCUUCAGCAACAACAUCAACACAAUAGAAACCGAUCGCAAAAUGACGUACGAUCUACGCUAUCUGGAUGUGUCGCACAACAGUUUGUCGGAGUUGAAGAACCUCAGCGUGCUGGUGCAGCUUCAGACCCUGAAUCUGGAGGAGAACCAGAUUGCGACGCUCGUUCCGGAAACGUUUGCCAGUAUGCGUAACCUCUCGGUGCUGUACGUUGGGUCUAAUUCGAUCGUUCAGAUCGACCUGAAGAUGCUGCCAAAAAGUUUGACGUUCUUGAGCAUAUUUCGGAAUGAGCUGACGGAGCUGGAGUUCGCCGGUGUUUCGAUGCGCGUCCUGCGGAUGCUGGACAUCGAGAGCAACAAUCUGGUGUCGCUCGAUGUGAAGGCGAUGCUGGCGGCCGCACCGUCCCUCGAGCUGGUCACGAUUGAAUUCAACCUAUUCUCGAAAGCGGAAGCCGAACGAAUUAUUGCCGAACUUCGGGGCCACAAUGUUACGUACUACACACCCGCGGGUGAUCCAGAACCGAACUCCAUCAACUAUUGUGACGCUGGCGAAUAUGAGGUCGAGCGUGUAUGUUUCGAUGAGUCGUUGCUUGCAUCCCGCUCAUUUACGAAAGCGAUCGUCCUGCUCCUGAUCGCGGUCGUAGUGGUCGGUGUGUUUGUACUUAGUGUUCGCUGGGUUUGGCAUCAAAUGCGGUACUAAUGCUGGAGGUAUCGAUACUCUACAGCAAUGAGGCAUGAAGUCUAGUGUUUUGUAGAAUACGGUGCGAUACAUAAAUUCGAUUGUGAUAAAUUAACAGUGUUGAAAUAAACUCUCUACGAUAGUUAGAUACUGUCCCACACGAAAGUGGGAUACUGGUACGUACUUAACGGUC